GCAAUCUGCGCAAUGUUACUUCUCCAAAGUAAACAAACCCACGUAUAAGCAGUAUACGGCUGCUUAUUUCUUUCGUCAAACUUUCGUUUUUUAUUUUUUUUCGUUAAUUUAUCAUAUACAUAAUGGCAAGCGACGAUCACAAGAAAUUAGCGAAUUUUAUAAAAUCUACGCACAAUCAAUUGCGGAAAGAGUCUCGUCUUUACGGGCCGAUGGAGGCAUGGGAAAGACAUCUAGCUCGUACGGAAGUUCUUAAGAAUUACGCGACAUCGAUGAGAGAAUUAGCAACGAAUCACUGGGAGCAGAACGAACAAAUUAUGGGAAAGCAGGAAGGAGCAGCAAUACACUGUAGAAACCAGUGGAUCAGGUCACGAUGCUAUGAUUAUUUUUUUAAAGGAGGCAAAGCCAAAUUUGAUCAGAAAGAAACAAAUAUUAGGUCUAAAAUGAAUGGAGUAGGACUUAGUGUCAAUAAUGAAUUUCUAGACACUGAAUGUAUCGAGAAUGAGAGUAGUAUGGUUAGCGGAACUAAAAUAGGACUGUUGGACGUAGGAAGUUGCUAUAAUCCGCUGGGUAUGGAAGAAAUGUUUUGCGUUACUCCGAUCGAUAUAGCACCCUCAACUGCAAAUGUAAUUCAAUGUGAUUUUCUUAACAUAGAAUUAGCUCCUGCUACAAUAUUGUCUAGCAACCAACAAAGUAUAGAAAAGUUGGGAGAAAAGUCUUUCGACGCAGUAGUUUUUUCUCUGCUUCUGGAAUAUUUUCCAUGUCCCAAGCAAAGAUUCGAAUGUUGUAAAAAAGCUUACAAUUUGUUGAAAGAACGUGGAAUAUUGAUAAUUGUAACACCGGAUUCCAAUCACAUUGGAGCAAAUGCAAGAAUCAUUAAAUCCUGGAGACUCGUUUUAUCUAGAAUGGGUUUCAUGAGAAUAGUCUACGAAAAAUUGCGACAUCUUCAUUGUCUCGUCUUUCGAAAAUGUGUCGACAGAGACGUCGCUGCUAGAUGGUUUGAAUUACAAAAUAUUCAUGAGGAUGACAAAUUUCUCAGUUACGAUGAUAAAAUUUACAUUCCACAAGAUUUUUCGAAGGUUGUCGACGAACCCGCGAAAAUAAUGGGAGAUAACGUUGUGUACGAUCGCAAAGAACUAGUUGAAUUUUUUGAGGAGAUGCCUGGCUCUUGUGAUGUGUUUGAAUAAAUCGAGAAGCUUUAAAGCGAGCGAAA